GACAAAAAAGGGCAAAAAGGUAAUUGAAGAAUUUUUGAAACAGAGAAAAAAUAGGGAAUGUGGGCAUAAUGGCGGAGAGUAGUGGGAAAUAAACCGCCUUUAACCGUCAAUCUCAAAUGGAACAGAGAAAAGGAAUUAACAAACAAGAAGAGAAGUGAAGUGACUGUCUUUAUCUUUGCAGAAAAAAUGAUAAUGGAAGGAAAGAAAGAAGAGAUAAGGAAAGGGCCAUGGAAAGCAGAAGAAGAUGAAGUACUAAUAAACCAUGUCAAGAAAUAUGGUCCUCGUGAUUGGAGCUCCAUUCGAUCCAAAGGUCUUUUACAGCGUACUGGAAAAUCCUGCCGUCUCCGUUGGGUCAACAAGCUUAGACCCAACUUAAAAAAUGGAUGCAAGUUUUCAGUGGAAGAAGAGAGAGUGGUGAUAGAAUUGCAGGCUCAGUUUGGGAAUAAAUGGGCCAAAAUAGCGACGUAUUUGCCUGGUAGAACAGAUAAUGAUGUUAAGAAUUUCUGGAGCAGUAGGCAGAAGAGGCUGGCAAGGAUUCUACACACUUCUGCUUCAACGCCUUCCUCUUCUUCUUCCUCUAAUCCUAAGCCAAGGAGGCCUAGAAAGGAUACUUCGGUCUUUCUUGAUCUUCCUGCCCUUGAGGCCCCAAUAUUCAGUUACUCAUUGGAGGAAGAGUCGUCUGCAAUGGCCCAAUCAUGCUCAUCAUCUUACAUUGAGAACACUGAAUCAGCUCAUGUGUUGCCAUUUCCAUUAGCACCAGAUGUGGUUUUGAAGCAAGAGUUGCCUAGCUUUGAUCCAGACCUCAUUCAAGCUGAGCCCCUACCACAAAUCCCUUUUCCACAAUUCUCACAGCCUCAACCUGAUAAUGCAUUCUCUCCGGAAAGCCAGGAACUCUUGGCCAGACUUGAGGACCCUUAUUUUUUCAAUAUGUUUGGAUCUGUAGAUGCUCCUGAAAUUGGAGGUCAACUUUCCCUUGAGCCGCCACUGUUCGAUCCUGUUUCGAGUUGCAUAAAUGGUGCGAGGGAUGCAAGGAAUGCUGUGACUCCUGAUACCUUCUUUGAUGACUUCCCUACUGACAUGUUUGACAAUAUUGAACCGCUUCCAAGUCCUUAGCAGCGGUAUCAAUUUCUGACCUUUUUGUUUCAUUGUAAGGUAGAAGAUGAACUUUUUAACUAAUGUGUUUAGCUAAAGUACUUGUGAAACUAUUGAUCUUGUGACUGUUAUUCUUUCUUCUGACCUCAUCUGAACUAAUAGUUCUGAUAGGUUGCCACUUGGCCAUUCCUCUGUAUGCUUAUUUUGUUAUCAUUGUAUGAAGAAGGAUGCAAGUUAUGUUAUUUCAA